AUGAAAAUUGCAAGAGAGGAAAUCUUUGGACCAGUAAUGGCUGUAAUGAAAUUUGAUACCACCAUUGUUCGUGCCAAUAGCUCAGAAUAUGGCUUGGUAGCAAUGAAGAGGAGUUUGAUAAAUAGUUGUUCAGAAUUAAUUUUUUCUUUAUAA